CUAUAUAUAUCUAUCACCGUUGUAUCAAUUUCAGUUUCAAGUUAAUAAAAGCUUCUUUCUUUUACCCUCUAAUGGCGCCUGUAAAAAUUCCAAAGUCGUUUGGUUGUUUCUCUCAAAAGGGUCUCUUGUUAAAACUGAGUAGCUUUCGUUCCAAGAGUUCCAAGACCACGUCAAACUCCACUACUCCAACGUUAAUGUCUCCCAGAUCCCCGGAACCGAACGGGAACAACCGCGAACAAGAAUUCCGACUGGUUUUUGCUCGUUUUGAUGCGGAUAACGAUGGCAAGAUUUCGGCUUUAGAGUUGCGGUCGUAUUUCGGGUCGAUUGGAGAGUACAUGUCGCACCAGGAAGCGCAGGGUGUGAUUGAUGAUUUGGAUACGGAUGGAGACGGGUUUAUAGAUUUUGAGGAUUUUAUGAGGUUGGUGAAAGGGAAGGACGAAAAUGAGGAUGUGAAAGCGGCGUUUGAGAUGUUUGAGUACGAGAAAGGGUGCGGAGAGAUCAGCCCGAAGAGUUUGCAGAAGACGCUGAGUCGACUCGGUGAUUCGAAGACGUAUGAAGAGUGUUUACAGAUGAUUAAGGUGUUUGAUACCCAUGGGAAAGGAGGUGUUGAUUUUAAUGAGUUUAGGAAGAUGAUGAUGGUUUAGAUUGUAAAAAUGUGCACACAAAUGUUGUCGAACAUGUGGUUUUUACUGCAACGGAUGUUAAAGAUAUCUAAAUGUCAAAACCAAUUCUCAGUAGUUU